ACAUUACUGCAUCUCCCCGUAGAAAUUAUUGUUGAGCAAAAAAAAUACAAUAAUGUAAUGCAAAAGUCAUAAAUUCUGGUUUGCCUGAGGUCGAUGCUACCGUAGAAACUGUGGUGGUGUAUACAAUUUGUACGCAAAAGUUGCAGAAAACUUUUAAUUCCAUAUAUUCCGAUCAUCAAAAAAGGGUACACCAUGUAACAGAAGCUGAAGCUUUCCUUUGAGAAAGUUUUGAACUCUCAUCAUUUGACAAAUUACAGGCGCCAUGUCCUGCUCUAGGCCCUGCUCUUCAGGGGAGCCCUCAGUUAGUUUCAAUGUCGACAAAACGUAUGACGUUUUCUUGAGCUUUCGCGGCCCCGACACCCGGGAAACGUUUGCGAGACCACUGUACGCUGCUCUUGAUCGAGAACGAACUCUUGCAUUCUUUGACGAAGAAAGUUUGAGAAAGGGCGACCAUAUCCCUACAGCUUUGCGUCAAGGAAUCAGGGAAAGUAGGAUUGGAAUACCGAUUCUCUCGCCAAACUUUGCCCAGUCGAAAUGGUGUUUGAGGGAACUGUCGCUCAUGGUUAAAUCCGGGGUUGAAAUUCGUCCUGUGUUUUAUGGCGUUUCACCUACGGAUGUUCACUGUCCGUAUGGAAGCAAAUAUGCAGAGGCCCUCAAGAGUCAUGAAAGCGACCUAAGAUUAUCUAGCGAGUCAAUUCUUGAAUGGAAAGGUGCAUUAGAGACUGUUGCUAGAAUACCUGGUAGGUGUUUCAGUCAUUAUUCCAGUAACAACGAUUUGAUUCAAGAUGUUGUGGUCGAAAUUGAGAAAAUAUUACAUUCAGACAGUCCCCACAGAGGGCAUUUGAAUGUUCCAGUAUGUUUUGGUUUGGACAGAUCCGUGAAGCAUGUAAAGGGAUUUCUAAACGCUGCACAUCACCAGAAGAAGAUUGUGAAAUUGGGCAUACAUGGCAUGAGUGGGAUAGGGAAAACUACCCUGGGCAAGAUUGUUUUCAAAGAACUGUUCUCAGAGUUUGAAGUGUUUUCUUUUGUUCCGAGUGUGGGAGAAAGAUGUCAAGAGACGGAUGGACUACUAAAGCUGCAGACCCACAUGCUCAAAGAUGUCUCACACUUCAGAGGUGAAGUGGGUCAUGGUGAUCAUGGAAAGUGUCUGCUACAAGACUAUCUCAGGGGUAAGAGAGUUCUCCUCCUCCUCGACGACAUUCAAAGUCCUGAACAGCUUGAUUCUCUUGGAGGAAAUUGCAGUGACUUAGGGGCAGGUAGCCGUCUCAUCAUUACAUCGCAGAAUGAACAAAUUCUGAAGGUGGCUAACGUUGAUAAAUUGUUCAAGGUAAGGAGUCUUCCUCCCCAACAUGCCUUGCGAUUGUUUAAGUUCCACGCAUUUCCCGAUUCAUACUGUCCAGAUCAACAACUGGAGGCACUGUGCCAUGAUAUUGUUUCUGCCUGUGAAGGCCUUCCCCUGGCCCUUCAAAUCUUUGGUAAACUCCUGGUUGGUAAAGAGGAUCGAAAUAUAUGGGAGGAAAUGGUAGGAAAGUUGAGGUGCGAGCCUAAUAUGCAAAAGAAACUUAGAGUCUCCUAUGAUGCUCUUGAUCGCAAUGAAAAGGAAAUGUUUCAGGAUAUUGCUUGUUUUACGACAUGGUGGAAGAAAGAAAUCGCUAUGCUCUUUUGGGCAGAGGUUAUUCGCAGUCCUCAUGCGUGUCUUAGAAGUCUUUUGCAAAAGUCCUUCGUGGAAUUGGGCCCUAGUAACGAAUUGUUGAUGCAUCGCUGCCUCCGAGAUUUGGGAAGAAGUAUAGCAGAAGAGACCCCUGAGCGCACAAGACUUUUUGACGAGGAAGAUGUGCCCGAUGUCUUAUGUCGGCUCAGGGAAAAGGCCAAGUAUGUGCUUUAUCUUUCGAGCAAGCCCAAGAAGCCGACGACACUGAAGGCAGAAAUGCUCAAGUCAGUGUACAACUUGCGGCUGCUAUGGCUUACAGAUGUUGCCAUAGAAGGACACUUUCCUGAGGAAUCUUCCUUGGAGGAUUUGAGAUGGUUAAGAUUGAGAAGAUAUUCAUCAAAAUGGUUGCCUCAAGGAAUGAGCUUGCAGAACCUUGUUAUUCUGGAAGUGACCGAUAGCCAGAUCACUCAUCUGUGGGAUGAAACAGAAGAAAAUCCAACAAUGAGGCCUGUGAAACUGAAAGUACUUGUUUUGAGUGGAUGCGCGUCCCUGGUGAGUAUUCCUGGUACACUAUGUUAUACACCGUUGCAAAAGUUGGAUUUGCACAACUGUCAUUCACUGACCAGCCUGCCUAACACCAUGAGAAGCUGGACCAGCUUAGUUUCUCUCGACAUGGAGGGAUGCUCUGUUUCUUCUUUGCCUCAAGAUUUUGGGAGGCUUGUAAAUCUGCAGGAGCUGAAUCUCUCAUGCUCUCAACAUCUGUCUAAACUUCCCACUAGCUUUGGGAAUUUGAGUCGGCUGGAAAAACUAGAAAUUCGCCACAAUUCUAAGCUUACUGAGCUACCCGAAAGCUUUGGUGGCCUGAAAAGUUUAGCUUUUCUCGAAAUGGAAGGAUGCUCUGUUUCUUCUUUGCCUCAAGAUAUUGGCAAUCUUGCAAAUCUGGAGGAGCUGAAUCUCUCAUGCUGUCAACAUCUGUCCAAACUUCCAGCUAGCUUUGGGAACUUGGCUCGGCUGGAAAGACUAGAAAUUCACCACAAUUCUAGGCUGACUGAGAUACCCAACAGCUUUGGGCACCUGAAAACUUUGGCUUAUCUGGAUGUCAGCUAUUGCCGUCUGUUUGAUAAUGGAAUACCAGCCGCAAUAUCCGAAUUGUCGUCACUAAAAGUCUUACAUCUAGAAGGUAAUGGAAUCCACCAUCUCCCUGGCGGCUUUAAAGAUUUAAGGCAACUUGAGGAGCUACAUCUGGACGACUGCAGUGAGCUCUCUGUACUGUCGGCGCUCCCGUCAUCACUGAAAAUUUUUUCCGCCCGCAACUGUAUGAGUUUGGACACAUUCUCCUGCCUUCCGGGAUUGCCAAGCCUGUUGACAUUAGACCUUAGCAAUUCCUGCAAGCUCACCGACUUCCAUGGUCUCCAAUCGUUACAGCAAUUAAGGUCGCUCAAUCUGGUGGGCUGCAACAAUAUCUCUUGUGAUACCCUCGUAAGGUCCUUGUCUGGUCUUACAGCCCUCGAGUCCAUUUAUUUCGGCGGGCCCGGCGUCUCAUCAGCUCAAUUGCAUAAUUUGUAUGAUUCUUUCAAGGUUUGCUCUUUCAACAAAAAUUGUUUGAUGGAUAAUCCAGACCCCACUGCAGAUUGGGUACAUGGGGAGACGGUUGGAAAGUAUGGCCAUGGAAACAAUUGUAUAGAUUACUGCGCAGAAGAGUAUUGUGCAGGAUAUAUUGCUUGUUUACUCUCCUCGGGCCAAAUCCGCCAGGACUGUGAGGCAAACCCACCUAUUUAUAGGUUGAGUUACACGAUUCAAAGGGAUGAGAGUUCACGUCAAUGUCCAGUGAAGCAUCAAAGCUCAACUACAGUUGGUGGAGACUUUUUGGAAGUGCGUCUUGUGCGAGCAAAUGAUAGUUCAGACUUUCCUUGGUUGAAGAGGGGUAAUAAACUGAGGGUGAAUGCCAUGUCUGACUAUGAGAAUUGGAAGGCUUCCUACAAAUUUUUAAUGUAUGAAACCUGUUCUGCAACUGCAAACCACGAGGAAGACAAGCUUCCCAAAAUGAUCACUUUUGUUAUGUAAAACAACAUGACAUUCAUAGGACCCCAUUUUAAAAAGUACAUGUAAAAUACCAUCUGCAUUGCCAUACAAUUGGUUCUGAACUUUGUUUAUGUAUAUACCAAGUGUAAAUGAGCUCAUGUUUUUUUUCAUUUGAGCUCAUGUAUAUACUAAGUGAAAAUCUACAGGAGGUGUGUAUUCCUUUCACAUCAUAUAUUGUUAUUUGUUUACUUGAAUGUUAAAUUUUGA